AUGGCAAGGUGAAAGGUUUUUUUUUUCUUUAUAUCACCCUCCUCUUUGUCUUACCAGUUGGAGAGCGGAAGGACCGAAACAAAUCUUCGUUGGUUUCACCUACCCUAACCUAAGAAGAGGACCCUUGACCUCUAACCCAAAAUGGCAGCCCCCGGAGCAGUCUCUCUUGCUGUUGACCUGAAGUGAGCUAAGACAGUGAACUACGCAUCAUGUCGAAGAUAAGCCGGACCACUCGGGCAGUCAAGAAGAUCGAGCCCGGUGGCGUGAUCCGAGCCAUCGUGCGGGCGGGCCAGGCCAUGCCCGGGCCCCCACUAGGCCCCAUCCUGGGUCAGCGAGGCGUUUCCAUCAACCAGUUCUGCAAGGAGUUCAACGAGAAGACAAAGGACAUCAAAGAAGGCAUCCCUUUGCCUACCAAGAUCUUUGUGAAGCCCGACAGGACAUUUGACAUCAAGAUCGGACAACCCACUGUUUCCUACUUCCUGAAGGCAGCGGCCGGGAUUGAGAAAGGGGCCCGGGAGACAGGAAAGGAGGUGGCAGGCCUGGUGACCUUGAAGCACGUGUAUGAGAUUGCUCGUGUUAAAGCUCAGGACGAAGCUUUUGCCCUGCAGGACGUGCCCCUGUCCUCUGUCGUCCGCUCCAUCAUCGGCUCCGCCCGCUCGCUGGGCAUUCGUGUGGUGAAGGACCUCAGCUCAGAAGAGCUGGCAGCUUUCCAGAAGGAGCGGGCGUUGUUCUUGGCUGCUCAGAAAGAGGCCGAUUUGGCAGCGCAGGCAGAAGCUGCCAAGAAGUGACCCCUGCCCCGCGCACACCGGGCUUUUGAAGGGAGCAGCUGGGGAGCGGGCCACUGGGAAGGCUGGUUAUUAUUGCCAUGGAUUUAAAUUAUGUAUUUUUAUAUGUAUGGGUGUUAUUGAGGGAUCAUGCCUAAAUAAACGUCUUUUGUCACCCA